AUGUUAGGAUCCUCUUUCUUUCAAGAAUAUGCUUUUGGGAAGAAGGACAAGUCUCUCAAAACAUAUGACAACACUGCAUUUGUGGCUGAAGAAUGCGAUGAUCAACAUGAUGAUGGUUCAAGGUUUGGAGAGGAUUGGUAUGAGGAUGAGAUUGAUCCUAGCUUACAUGAUGAUGAAGACGCAGCCUUGAUUGUGCAGUUCGAAAAUGCAGUAGUCGACAGUGUACAGGAAGAUCGAGAAUUGUCAGCCUUUUUCUCGUCAUACCAAGAGGCCAGAAAACGCCUUGUGGAGAAGACUCGCUCUAGAGGUUUCUGGAGUAGUGGCAAAGGCAAGGGUUCGUUUGGCAAGAAAGGUUUUGGCAAGCAAAAGGGAAAAGGGUUUCGAUCCAAAUCUCUGGCACAAAGGAUUGCUGAGAGCGCCUGCCGACGCUGUGGAGCGACCGGUCAUUGGAAGGCCGAGUGCCCUCUGAACCAAGCCUCGAGCAGUGAUGGUAAGAAUGUGGUGCCCACCUCAGUAGUCAUAGACCAUGAAGCAGCCGCCGUUGCCGUUGUCGAGCCCAAUGAUGACACCGGCAUAGCCAGCUUUCUGGAUGACAUGGAACCAUGGCACGACCCAACUGAAACUCGGAACAACAUGGAAUGGAAGUUGUCUCCAACAAGUAAGCUGCGUGAGAGCCGACCAACCCUGGUCAAGCCGAUUUGCCAAGUUGAUGCAUCCGCCGAGUGUCACAGCUUGUUCUGCUCUACCGGAACCACCGGUGUUGUCGAUCUAGGUGCAUCACAAUCAGUAAUUGGUAGUGACCAGUUGAAAGAAUUGUUGGAACAGUUGCAACCUCAGAUCCGAAGCCAGCUCAAGCGCCAACAGGUAGACCUGAUUUUUCGUUUUGGCAAUCAUCAGACUCUGCAGAGCAAGGUGGCAGUUCAUUUUCCUUUGCAUGGACAAUGGUUCCGUGUCGCAGUGGUGCCGGGUAAGACACCUUUCCUCCUCUCGAGCAAUUUCCUGCAGACCAUUCAAGCUGUGAUUGAUGCCAGUGAAUGCACACUUUGGAGUAAGACACCAAUGGCAGGUCGACCGACUAGCUCUGGUGAUGAAUUCUCCAUGAAGGGUGCACCCGAUUGCCUUGUGAACGGAAAGAAUGAGAGUGAGCUUCAACAGUUGGAAGCCGACGUAAGGGAUCAGAGUCAGAACCAGCCCAGCCGUCUGCGUCAGAAAGAUCGUCAGCAGCAUCCGGAAGCUCAAACGUGUCUCCCUGUGCAAUACCGUGCAAGCCCCGACGCCAUGGCCUUGCACAAGCAGUUCCAAGCUUACCUGGGAAAGAACCAGGUGGAGGAUAUCGAGAAGAUUCCUUUGGCCACAUUGGCCGAGACAAAGAUCGAUUUUGGCAAGGCCAAGGUCAAUCAGACAUUUGCUCAGGCCUUUCAAGACAAGGACUGGACCAACUACAUGCUGACUCGUUUCGAGGACAGCGAGAAGCUGUCUCAUCGCCGUUUCUUCCAGUAUGUCAAAUUGAUGAUCCAAGAGGAUUUCCCGACCUCGACAAAGAGUGUCAAGACCAAAGAGUGCAGCAAGAAAAAGGAGGAGAGUCAUCGAAUCAGUCACAGCAUGGCCAAACCAGUGGACGAGGAGGAGGAUUCCGAGUGGGAGCAAAUGUCAGGGAUCAAGUCAAACCAAACCGAGAUGGAGAGCCGAAUGGGGCGUGUGGAAGAAGCUCUGGCACAGGUGAUCUCACACCUUCAGCAGCUGUCGACACAAGGACUUCUGAUUCAGCCAAAGACCGAGUCAUAG